GCCCUUGUGCGCUCUGCCCGCUGUGCAGCGUGCGUCUCCGUUGCGUUUCGCUUCCCUCACACUGUCAUAAACACACGAAGCAGCUGUGUGUGAGGGGAGAAGUUGAAGGCACGCGGAGCACCAGGUAGCUUCUUCAUAAGGAUUUGUUCAAUCUCGGAGCAGACGGACUCGUCUUUUCUCAUUUCUGGGGGACGAUGAGAUGGACGCAUCAGUAGCCUGUCUAAAGUGAGGAGUGAUCUUUUUUUCUUUUUCUUUUUUUUUCUUUUUCUAUUUUUCUAUUCUUUAUCAUCAUCUGACAUCGCGCUGAUCAGAGAGAUAACUGAAUCAGCCCUUUGGAUUUCUUUUAUCUGUGAUGGAGCUUUUAUGUCUCUGUGAAACAUCAUCCAGGAUUUCACUGAUGUAUGCGAUGUGGAGACUGCAAGUCGCCUUAUGUACUCUGUCGGUGCUGUCCCUGCCUUCUGCUGGUGAGAGCAAGGCGCGGAGCUGUAGCGAGGUUAGACAGGCUUAUAGCGCUAAAGGAUUCAGCCUCCUCAAUGUACCUCUUCAGGAAAUAUCAGGAGAGCACCUCCGUGUCUGUCCUCAGGGAUACACCUGCUGCACAUCUGAGAUGGAGGACAGACUCAACCAGCAGAGCAAACUGGAGUUUGAGAAUUUGGUCGAAGAGAGCAGCCACAAUAUGAGGACAACAUUUAUCUCCAGACAUAAAAAGUUUGAUGAGUUUUUCUUGGAGCUGCUGGACAACUCUGAGAAAUCCCUCAACAGUAUGUUCAUAAAGACAUACGGGAAGCUGUUCAUGCAGAACUCUGAGGUGUUCCAGGACCUGUUCACCGAGCUGAAGCGCUACUACACAGGAGGCAACGUCAACUUGGAGGAGAUGCUAAACGACUUCUGGUCCAGGCUGCUGGAGCGCAUGUUCCAGUUACUCAAUUCCCAGUACCACUUCACAGACGACUACCUGGAGUGUGUUAGUAAAUACGCAGAUCAGCUGAAGCCCUUUGGAGAUGUGCCCAGGAAACUCAAAGCCCAGGUCACCAGGGCCUUCAUCGCCGCACGGACGUUUGUCCAAGGGCUAAUGGUGGGCCGGGAGGUGGCUAACAGAGUCGCUAAGGUGAACGUAGUUCCAGCAUGUGUCAGAGCCCUGACCAAGAUGCUGUACUGCCCGUACUGCCGGAGCAUGCCUGGCCUGAAGCCUUGUCCCAACUACUGUCACAACGUUAUGAGAGGCUGUUUAGCAAACCAAGCAGACCUCGAUGCUGAAUGGAACCUUUUCAUCGAUGCCAUGCUGCUGGUGGCUGACAGACUGGAGGGGCCCUUCAACAUCGAAGCAGUUAUAGAGCCAAUUGACAUCAAGAUCUCUGAGGCGAUCAUGGCCAUGCAAGACAACAGCAUGCAAGUGUCAGCAAAGGUGUUUCAAGGUUGUGGUCAGCCGAAGCCUUUGGGAAUAGGAAGGUCUGCACGGGGGAUCUCUGAUGUGUUCAGUGCUCGCUUCAGGCCCUACACCCCUGAACAAAGACCAACGACAGCAGCUGGAACAAGCCUGGAUAGACUGAGGGUUGUCUGGAGGACAAUGCAACACAGUGUGAUUGACAUCAAAGAGAAGUUGAAGGAGUCCAAGAGGUUUUGGUCCAAAUUGCCAGAUGACAUCUGUGCUGAGGGCAAACUCACAGAGUCUGAUGAGGAGCAGUGCUGGAACAGCCACACGAAGGGCAGAUAUUUCCCUGAAGUAGUGAAGGAGGGUCUGACCAACCAGGUGAACAACCCAGAGGUGGAUGUGGAUAUCACCAGACCUGACACACUGAUUCGGCAACAGAUCAUGGCUCUUCGUGUCAUGACCAACAAACUAAAGAACGCUUACAAUGGAAAUGAUAUCUACUUCCAGGACUCCAGUGACGAGGGGAGCAGCUCCGGCAGUGGCAGCGGCUGCUCUGACGGCUGUACCACAGAGUUAGUGUAUGUCGAAACAGAAGCUCCUGUGAUCAGAGCUGACAGAAGUGAUGAACAUGCCGCAGCCGCAGCCGCUGGGAAGUCACUUUCCUGCGGACCCUCCACACUGCUGGUGAUGGCGUCCCUCACACUCCCACUUUGGGCUAUGCAGACUGAGUGGAGAUAAUACAGUGUGGCUUGAUCUCUGACUUUUAUGCUGUUAUGUAACAGUAUGCUUUACAGCAAGUUAUACUGCUGUUCCCUCACUGGACAUCUACAACCUCCUGGAAACAUAUUGAGAAUGGCUGACUGUGUGGUUUCGUAGGAUUGGAAGCGUGUGCAGUGCUGCAUCCUGCUUGUCCCCCAAAGAAUGCUUGGUGCCAUGAGUGAACCAGCUUUCACAUCUCUGAAAGAAAAUGAAAAAAAAAAAAAGAAAAUUUGGUGUUUUCUCAUUAUUCUGUGAGCUUUGAAAAAAUGCUUCUCUUUUAGGAAACUGUCAUUGAUUUUUCAGAUGAAGGGGAACCUUUUAUAUGAUGAAGUGAAAACAAAAUAACACCUAUUUUAUCCUAUCAGUUUUCUCCCCCUCAGACUAAAAGAAAGUUUCACUGUGUGCAUGCAUGGAUAUGAUGUUACCAGAGAAAACAUUUUUUUUGUUUUUUGUUUUUAUUAUUAUUAUUAUUUGUUUGUUUUAAGCAGGCUACACAGUUUGGGAUUGGUUGGCACAGGAUUGUACAGCGCUAGCAGUUUACCUGGUUUCCCGUGUUUUUUCAUAUCAGUGUGGCUUCUGGAAGCAGCAUUCUUACAGCCACCUUAUUGUUGCACAUUUAAUUAUCUCUACGAAAGUGCUAAUGUACUGCACUUAGAGAACUACUUUGCACAGAUUGUUUUUGUCGGCUUAAUGUGUUUAUAAAGCUACAGGAAACAUCUACUACAUAGAGAAAAAGAUCUAUAUUUUCAGAGCAUUUAACUGAUUGUCUUGUACUUAUAAGCAGUUACAGUAUAUAGUCCACUGGAAAGUACUGUAAUGUAAUUUUACUGGUUUAAGUAAUAGGUACAUUUUUUAAUAAAGGCUUUAUUUGUCUUUUUUUAUUGUUUGUUAAGAAAAUAUUUCAGCAACAAUCCUAAGCCAUUAUACUACAAUUGCUUGCUAGCAAUGUUUAGUUACCUGAUUUAUUCUCUUCUGUUUAAGUAGUCAACAUGCACUUACACAGUUCUUUUUUUAUUUUCUAAGGUCUGAGAGAGGAGAAAUAUUCUCUAAUAAUACAUGCUAAUUGAAAUUUAAUUUUGUGGAUUUUACAGGUCUCCAUGCUUACAACUUAUUACAACUCAUUUUGUAUAUUUUUUUCUUUAUACAUGUAACAUUACCUUAGUCCUCUGGCCUCACUAACUAGCUCUGCAUGUUACCUACUUAAAUUCUGUGAUUCUGUCCCUAAAUCUGAUCUUGUUUGACCAUUAAGAGCAGACCUACAAGCUAACAGGUAUCAGUGGUCAUAUACAAUUACUCUUGCAAAAGUUGGUGGAUGCCAAGGUUAAAGAGCCCUAACUACCCCUUGAAAUAGGGUUACUGUUCAUAAUUUUACAACAUUCCCCUGCAGGCUUCGACCUUUAACAAGCUGUGGAGGCGUAGGGUGCAAAUCAAUAAUUUUCACUUUACCAAUACAACCCAACGGCUGUGACCCCUUGUCACAGUGAAAAGGUGGCUUCCAGAAAUGUUGCAGGCAUACUGUUGAAAUUAACACCAGAACAAAUGUUCAAAAAUGUUACAUGAAAGAGAGCUUUUGAGGCACUCACCGUCAUGCUGUGUGUGCCUGCAGGAUCCAAACCAACCAACUCGUGAGCGCCUGAAAUGUUUCAACAGUAUAAAUGUCUCUUAUCACAACAGGGACCUUCCCCAAAUGCAUUGCUGUAACAAAUUAACAGCUGCUCUGAGCUUUUCAAAGAGCUGGUUUUGUUUCCCACUGCAUGCGAAGGCAAGCAUGGGAUGGAAGAGUUUCCCCUCUCACUGUCACCUACAAGCAGCAGGAGCUGAAAGCGAAAAAAGCAUGAAGCACAGAGUUAGUGCCAGCAUCACGGUUGUCUUCACACAGAGCACCAGAAGGGAAAGCUGUCCUCUGUGUGCUUAUAUGACUCACAAUGGAGACUCUGAGCACCACGGGACGCUCCCGCUGCACAACAGUUGACCUCUAUCACCUCACUCUUUACAGAAAUCGCUUUAGGAGAAGUUGACUGAACAGCAGCUUCCCAACACAACCAGCAUGUCAGGACAAAAUCACUGAUGCAUAAACAUUAAUUGUAGUAUGCAACAGGCAAAGGCCUGAGGAAAGACAAUGCUAAAGUGAUUAACAGAAGUUCCUCCCAAUGUCAGAUUGUUCAGUUAAAAAAAAUAAUACAAGAACAGAGAGAAAUUCCACUGUGUAGAUUCUGUUUAUGUGGAUUUUCAAAUUGCACAAGACAAACAUACAAGAUAACCUGACUAAGAUGCCAGAAAAUAGCUAAAUCAUCCCCAUCUUCGAAUAAUGUGACUAAGAGCUGCUGAAACUAUGCACAUCCAUUUAGCUGCGGCUUGUGUCAAUGCCAUGCUUACCGUGCCCCAAACAUAAUCAGUUUUAUGAUCAUUUAAACUUUAAACGGGACCAUAAUUUUACACAAUUAAGCUUACACUGACCUAAAGUAAACUUGUUUCACUGAACUGGAUUGAAGUGUUGCCCCCUACAGGUACAGGUUUGUGUCACCUGUGCUUUGGCUUUUCUUUUCAGACCUUGAGGUAAUAUCCCUCUUUUAUAUAAUGAAUUUGAUAAAUGACAUAUUUGUCUGUGAAUUCUACGUGGUUUCCAAACAUUCUGAGGACUGGCAUGCCACUGGAGUUUGAGCACUGUCAUGUGUUUUUCAGCUUCUAAUAUUCACACCAGUAGUGGGUGAAAAUGGGAAUUAAUUGACAUUUUCUUCUGAAUGUUUUCUUCAACUUAAAAUGUUACUGUGCCCAGAGAGGGAGGAUAGAAAUUAUUGUAAUUAGUAAGUAUAAGUAAAAAAAAAAAAAAAGAAAGAAAGUCCGGCUGCCAUCUGUUUUCUGCCCUUGAGGUUACUGUUUGGAACCAUUGAUUUGAUAGCCUACACAGAUGUAAGUAAUUCCAGGCUGCAGCAUUAGGAGAGGAAGAUUUGGAGACCUCCUAAUUAAAGGUUAUGUCAUCACUUGAGGGCUUAAAAAGCCUCUAACAAAGUGUGAAUGGAUGUCAUAUGUGAGAUCCAUCCACACUUAAUAUCCAACUCAUAUUGGAACAAGAAGUAGAAGAGGCCAUCUUCCACUCAUCGAUUCUGUUGCUCUUAUAAAAUCACUGCACUAAAGAUUUUUCUUUUUCUUUUUCUUUUUUUUUGAUUGGGUGAAAAAGUAAAUGUAAAUUUCAAUCCAUACUGCAAGGGUGACUUAGCAAGCUGUUGAGCCCUUUCAAUGUCAAAGCCUAGGGGCUUAACACACAAACCCAGCUGACCCACCUUUCAAAAGCUAAAAGUGUUUAUGCAGAAGUUAGGAACAGAAGUUCCACUCCAUUGCACUUUUCUUCUGACUUCCCUGUCAGAUCAAGCUAGCUUUACUUUAGGGAAGACAUCCCACAACUCAAGGUGGGAAUAAACAAAUCUGAACGCCCUUCAUCAGCAAGAGCAUCAAAUGGUGCUGUUUCAGUUGAUCAGAGAUGAGAAAGAUACAGGAACAUCCACCUGAAACUAUUUAUAACACGGUGAACGUUGAGUAAAGCUGUCAGCCCCAAUGUGCAGAGGAGUGUUUCCUGAGGAGGAAUGCAGACACGAGUGAGGGAGGUUUCAUGUACGAAUUAUGAUCAGUUACAUGAAGCUGUUGGGCUGAUGAGGUGCAAACUGAUUGUUUAGUUUCAGCUCUUGAUGUUUACAUUUCUCUGAUAAUAUAUCUAUACUUAAUUCACAGAUCAUCAAACUUAAAGAAGAAUGAUACAUAUUUUCAGCACUUUUGUUUUAAAAUGUUAAUAACUUAAUAAUUUGCCAAUUAAAUGAUUAAACUACAGCAAAAAGGUCAAAUAAAGUUGAUUAGAAGUGGGUUGUAUUUUGUCAAAGUUAAACGCAGCUACAUAAUUAAGUUUUACAGUAAAAUCAUACUGGAGGCGGGUGUUUCAGGGUCAGGUUUGGUUGGAAGGUUGGAACAAUCUGUGUAGGUUGUGCUUGGUAAUAAGGCAGGAAGUCAGACAUGUGGCAUCAUGUACUGUUGUUAUUUAGGCUUAGGUACUGCUCCCUUCUCAGUGCAGCUUAACAACUAUGCUUUCUCACAGUGUAAAAACUCAGUAAGCAUCUGCAGCCAUUCAAAGGUCGAAUGCACCCAUUAGAGCCUCCACAAGGUGUGUGAUUGCCGAUGAGCUGUGUGUGAGUAAGGAUAAGACAGGGCUUUACCACUGUUGCUGAAACAGAACAAACAAAGUGAAUUAAAUGAGACUUUUUCAGGGGUUGGUCCAGUUUUUUUCCAAAGAGCUUUUAUCUAGUAACAGCAGUCUUUUCUCAUUAUGAUGCGAGAAACGUUUGCCAUUCUCCUCUGCUGUGUGUAUUGUUCUCUCUCCGGACAAGCUAUAUUACACCAAUCAGACAUAGACUCACUAUUUGAGAUGAUUCAGUGCUGGGCUUAUUUUGCCAUAUUUACUUUUAUUAUUUAUCUUGUUAAAUCUAUUUG